AUGAUCUCUGAACCAGUAAUGACGUCCCCAGAUAGGGAUCUAGCAGCCAGGAUUCUAGAAAGAGCCCAACUGGCUCAAAUGACAAGAAAUUUGAAACUUGGUUUAAGUCAAGUAUCUAGCAAUUCUAUUGCAAUGUCUGAUAAUAAUGAUACUGGUGCAACUAAUACCAACAAACAUGAUAAAGAAAACUUAAGUUUAAAGGGUCAAGGUACUCAAACGCCAUCUCUGUGCCUGUUGGAAUCAAAAAAAAGAAUCACUUCUAUUCCACAUGACAGUAAAGAAACUUCCCCAUUGAAAAAACAUUUGUCAGUGACUAUGAAGAAAAGUGAUACGAAUAGUAGUAACAAUAACAACAGCAGUGUGUGCACAAUCAAUCCUGUGGAAAAUAUCCCUAAAAAGGAUACUUUUAUUAAACCUAAAUCGCCAAUGAAAAAUAAAGAUCCUAAUGACUCCUCAACCAUGAAGGUUCCAUCUACCCCUAAAAAAUCGUCUUCCAACUCCACUACAUUAUCCUCAAGUAGUAUUCAUACAACUCCAGUGAAAAGAAUCACUAGAAUAUCAGAUGAACUUGACACAACUGAUUAUAAUAGUAAUAGCCAUAAUAAUAUCCACAUUAGUAAUAGUAAUAGUAGUGCUACAAAUCAUGAAACAGAUGAAAUGAUAAAUAAUUCAACAGGUGCUGAUUUAUUAAUAUAUUUAGCCACAAGUCCAUACUCGAAAAAUGAUACCAACUCUUCGUCAAAGAUAAAAAUUCCAACUACUCCAAGAACAUCCACGUUCGGUCAAUUGAAUACCGAUGAUACAGUCCGUUUGUCUCACUUAAAACCAUCUUUAACAUCACCUCAAUCUACCUUGAAAAACUUUAAUUAUCACCCUAAUAAUGAUAUGUUCAAUAAACAUAGCAUAAACUUAUCCCCCAACAACAUGAUAUUAGAAUCACCAUCCUUAUAUAACAAUAACAAUAACAAUAACAUCAAUAAUAGUAAUGCUAAUACUAACAAUAAUAUAAAUAAUAAUCUAUUAAAAACCCCAAAUUUCAACAUGGGUGAUUAUAUACAUAGUAUUUUUAGUCCAUCACCAAAUAUCAACUUAACUACUGUAUCGAAAGAAAGAAAUAUUAUUAAUCUAAAACGUAGUAGUAUAAGUAAUAGUUUGACUCAAGUCGCUUUAUUGUCUACUAGUGGGAUACCAAAUGAGAGCCUUUCUGCCACUAUAACAAACUCAACAAAUAAUCACUCAAGUAAUAACGAUGAUGGGCCAAUAAAGAAUUAUGCUAAUGAUCAUUUUCAGGAGGAACAUCUCAACAGUACUAACAAAAGCAAUAAUACGAAUGAUAAUAUUAACAUGUAA